GCCGUGGCGCUGUUGUCGUGCAUAAAUUAUGCACUGAGCUCGCGCUCGCGCUCUGCAGCUCUCCUAGGCUCGCGCGGUUGCAACCGCUUCUCUCCAGUCUUUGUGUUCAAGCGGUGCCCAAGCAGGCUGUUCCUGGGGUCGCGAGCCCUGUUUUUUUUUGCGUCUCGCCCCGGAAAAAAACCGGACACACAGGCGGAAGCAGGCAGCAGUCCGCUGCGACGCCUCCCUGCCCACAAAUAAUGCGUUUUAUAUUCCGCACCUCGGAAGGUUUCUACUUUUUCGACGUUCUUUUCGUGCGGGCGUUCAUGGACGGGGCGGCAUGAGUGCCCGAUGUUACGCGGCGUCGGCUAUGGACCUCGGCGUGUUGCAACUGAGGAGUUUCUCUAUCUCGUUGCUGUCCUCCGUGCUGGGGAAGGAGAGCGGCGCGCUCCGCCUCGAGCACAGUUCGUCGGGAGCCAGUGUGGUGGCCAUUGACAACAAGAUCGAACAGGCAAUGGACCUGGUGAAGAGCCACCUGAUGUACGCGGUGCGCGAGGAGGUGGAGGUGCUGAAGGAGCAGAUCAAGGAGCUGCUGGAGAAGAACAGCCAGCUGGAGACCGAGAACAGCCUCCUCAAGACGCUCGCCAGCCCCGAGCAGAUGGCCCAGUUCCACGCCCAGGUUCAGAGCGACUGCUCCCCCACUGGGGGGGGGGGAGGAGUCGGGGGCGGGGCUGGAGGCGGAGUUGGAGCAGGGGGUGGGGUCUCAGCCGGGAGCUCGCCGCCGGUGCUGCCGCCGCCAUCGCCAGCCGUGCAGAACUCAGGCCCGUCGGCAUAGCAACCGUCACGUCGUCGCCUCGUUCUGCUCCGAUGAGGAAGGUUAACCAGGAGGAAGAGGAGGAGGUAUGUGUGGGGGGGUGGUGCAGUGAUCGAGCUAACCCCCCCCCCCCCCUCCCGAGAAAUUAUCGGACGAAGCCCAUCUUUCGAUUUUUGGGAUUAUUAUUUUUGCACAUUCGUGGUUCGUGACCUCUCCCCCCCCCCCCCACCUGAUCAUGUUCAAGAAACUCUUGGUGUCGGACACACACACACACACACACACACACACACACACACACACACACACACACACACACACACACACACACACACACACACACACACACACCAAAAAUACGGGCUUGUGCGCAAAGCUUAGCCGUAAAGUGUGUGUACGUUUUGUGAUGCGCUCCUGACAAUCGGCAUGACGACCUGGGAGGAGGAGGGGGGAUGCUGGGGGGGGGAGAGGCAUCGCUGUACCAGUCUCGGGGAACAACACAGACGAUUUCUUCUUUUGAUUCUCGGGGGGGGAAUUGGACGCUCUGGCCGUCUUCUCACCGAUACCGUCGUUAGGAAACCCUCCCUGCAGGCAAGGACUUUUGCAUGGGCAGAUGCUGCAACCGGGGCCUAACCACAGCCCCCCCCCCCCCCCCCUUUCCUUGGAUGCGUUCACCCCUCCCUCCACCCCGACCUCGAAGCUUUUACCUAGCAACUUAAUUAUUUUUUCUUUCAUACUUUUACGUUUUAGCACUUUUUGUCAUCGACACUAAACCGACCAAUGGGGGACCAGUAGCAGGGGCUUUUGAAUAAAUAAAUAAAGAAAGGCCUAGAACAAACGGAGAGGACACUCUGAAUACCACCCAUCUGGUAUGGGAGGCGCAGGGCCAGCCAUCUCAACGUACUCUUAUUUUUGAAAGGGCGUUCAAUGAGGAGCUUUUAUUGUGAAUUUUUAUUUUUUUCGUUUGAGGUGGAGGUUUGGGCUGUACGCACAUCAGUCACUUGUUAUCCAUCUGUCACUUUCUCCCCGGUUUGAGUCUCCCCAUCGACGACCAUUUUGUCCCCUUCCCGCCUUUUUGACCCCCCCACCUCCAUGUCCACUGGAGAAAGGAACCGAAACGACGUUGGGACAAUUACUUUGGGAAUCGCAUGUAUUUGGCAGGGCAACACCAAGGACUGGUAUCGGACUGCACCUCUUCUUUCCUGUGUUGCGUUAUGUCAAGUCAGUCAGUAUCGGAUUCGGUUAAUAUUGGAAAAAAAUGACUUUGGAUCGGAUUCAACGGGACUGUUUAAACCGAAUUCAAACCGUACAAUGUCCGAUUGACCUCUGCCAAGUGCCUGGUGCGACACCAUAGAUGCAUAUAUGAUAUUUUUUGUUUUGUAAGUAUUAUUAUCUUUUUUUUGUUGUAUGUAUGAGGUGACCCUCCUUUUGUGUGUGUAUGUAUGUUUGCGUGCGUGUGUAUAUAUAUCUAUGGUUUUAGCCAGGUGUCGAACUACUACCUGUAAACUCAGACCAGGUGGAGAUAGACCAGGAAAGGCUGUUGUCGUCGGCGACACACACACACACAACCCAACGAAGACUCACUGUAACGUGAACAUCGUCCCAUCCCGAACACUCUGAACGAUGCUGUUUUUUUUGCCCCCGUUGGAUGGUAUUUUUCUGUCCUUUACGACUCUGUCUGCGUGCUUCGGAGGAGGUGGUGGUGGAGAAGGUGGUGGUGGAGAUAGGAAAGCAGUGGUUCUCGUGUGCAUGCUCCUCAGACCCUUCACAAAUGUGACGUUCGUUUGCACUACACAGUUGCACCUCAAAUAAAAAGAAUACCCUUAAAUUA